UGUUCAAGUUCGAUAAGUCUGCGAUUCAGUCAAAUAACUAAAAAGCCGACAGACGAAUUAAUUAAUCGACCCCUCGUCUCAAUCAAGCAAAUAAAAAACAGAUCUUCGUUUAAAAAUUGUUCCCGUUCUUCUACACGAAACAAAUAUCGAAACAAAUAUCGGAGACAGUGAGUGCAUCAAAUGUGUCAUCAUGCCUUGAGUCAGGAGAAAGAGUGAUCUUCCCACGAGUUUCAAAUUAAUACUUCAGGUAAUUCAGGGCUAAUCGAACUGUCAGGGGCUCAUAAUAUGAGGAUUUGCCCUGGGAGGAAUUUUUUGCGGUCGUGGUUGGCCUUGACCACGUCAAAAUGUCAAAUGGCCAUCGACACCAACAAUGCGAGGGUCAAAUUUUGCUCGUCUAAGUCAAUUGAACUCAAGAAUAUCGUCAAGAGGGUGAAACCUUUCGGCAGAGUUGUCAUAGAUCUUCCCUACGACGUGGAAAUAAAACCCACGUGCCCCCACGAAUAUCCGGACAUGGACACGGUUCUUGUUAAAUUAGUCUCCCAGGAUUCUCUACUUGAUAAAAAAGAGGAUUUGGUAUCUGUCACUGUCAAAGAUGAUGCCUGCGAAAUUCGGAGUAAUCAAGAGGUCUUGGGGAAUGUCAAGUGCCUCGUCCAGACACCAGUUCGUUAUGAUGUAGAAGUGAAGACUGUUGGAGACGCUAAUGUAGAAGUACAUAAUAUGAUAUCAGAUUUUAUAACCGUGGAGACGGAAUAUGGAAACAUUCUUAGUUCAAAGCUGCAGGGAAAGAAAAUAACAUUGUCAUCGAGUGAGGGUGGAUCCGUGACUGUUCAGAAGAGUAUACAGGGAGAAAUCGAGAUAAAUACAGCUAAAGAAGGGUUCGUGGAUGCUGAAAAAUGUUUGGGAACGAAACUAGACGUAUCUACUGAGAAUGGAUUUGUCAAACUCGGUAGUAAUUACUGUGAGAAAGCAACAUUUACAACACUAGACGGAGAUUUGAAUCUGAACAAUCUUCACAUGGACAACAGCAUCGAUAUUAAUGGAAAAGGAAGUUUAAACAUCUCUUGUUUCGACGGAUCCCUUCAGGCGACCCUGGGCGAGGGCCAAGCUAGGAUCCAACUCGCGAGAAUCACAAAGGAUUCAUCAAUCACCUCGAAUGGAGAUAUAAGCCUCACGAUACCAGAUACCCUAGACUCGAGGCUAAUUCUAAAAUCUCCAACCCUGGAAAUUGAUGAUUCCAUACAAGGGACUCACAACCGAGAGAAAAAUGAGUUCGUGGGAAUAAAGGAGGGCCCCAGGUUCAUAGUGGAGUCGACAAGGAUGAUCCAGGUUGAACAAUCGAGCUGGAUGGAGACAUUCAAACUCAAGAACACACCAAAGUGACACGAAAGGAUAGAAUAAAUCGAAUAAAUGUACAAUUUUAUUAAAAGUUAUUCACUCUAAUUCA